CUUCUUUCUUUUUCUACUUUUUUUCAACCAGCACUUAACUUUGUACACUUCUCUUCUAAUAUUCUCUCUUAUUAUAUCAUAACACAUUCACAUUACAUUUAUUCUCUCCUGAAGCUUCUCACUCAACUCAAUGGCAGACAUUACACACCUUCCCAUGGAACAGCUUCAAGACCUUGAGUACUGUAUUGAUUCCAACCCCCCAUGGCCUGAAACCAUCUUGUUAGCGUUUCAAAACUAUAUACUGGUGCUGGGCACAAGUGUUAUGAUCCCCACCCUUCUUGUACCAUUGAUGGGUGGAACUGAUGGGGAGAAGGCACGGGUGAUACAAACUUUGUUGUUUGUAGCCGGCAUUAACACACUUCUUCAAGCACUAUUUGGAACAAGAUUACCAGCUGUAGUUGGAGGAUCAUUCGCUUAUGUCAUCCCCGUAUUAAAUAUCAUCUUUGAUUCUUCUCUACAACGAAUCACUAACAAUCAUGAUAGGUUUAUCGAAACAAUGAGAGCUAUCCAAGGAGCUCUGAUUGUAGCUUCAAGUAUUCAAAUAAUCCUGGGAUACAGCCAAGUAUGGGGUCUCUUCUCAAGGUUUUUCAGUCCCCUUGGCAUGGCGCCUGUAGUGGGUUUGGUUGGUUUGGGAUUAUUCCAACGAGGAUUCCCUGAGUUGGGGAGAUGUGUAGAAAUUGGGAUACCAAUGCUGUUGUUGGUCAUUGGAGUGUCACAGUACCUUAAAUAUUGGAGACCUGUGAGAGAGAUGCCAAUUUUCGAACGUUUUCCUGUACUAGUUUGUGUUGCAAUCAUUUGGAUCUAUUCAAUAAUACUAACCGCUAGUGGUGCCUACCGGGACAGACCCAUUAGAACUCAAUUCAGCUGCCGGACAGAUAGAGCAAAUCUUAUCUCCACUGCCCCUUGGUUCAAGUUUCCAUAUCCCCUGCAGUGGGGUCCACCUACUUUUUCAGCUGGACAUUCAUUUGCGAUGAUGUCUGCAGUUUUAGUGUCAAUGAUUGAGUCUACUGGUGCGUACAAGGCUGCUUCUCGGCUUGCAAUUGCUACCCCACCUCCUGCAUAUGUAUUGAGCCGGGGCAUUGGCUGGCAGGGAAUAGGUGUUUUACUUGAUGGUCUUUAUGGAACAAGCAUAGGUUCUUCAGUAUCCGUGGAAAACAUUGGGCUCCUAGGACUGACUCGAGUUGGAAGUCGCAGAGUUGUUCAAAUUUCUGCAGGCUUUAUGAUAUUCUUUGCUAUCUUAGGAAAAUUUGGAGCUGUUUUUGCAUCUAUACCUUUUCCUAUAUAUGCUGCGUUAUAUUGUGUUCUCUUUGGUCUUGUAGGUUCAGUUGGUCUGUCAUUUCUACAGUUUACUAACAUGAACUCUAUGAGAAAUUUAUUUAUUACUGGGUUGUCCCUGUUCCUUGGAAUAUCCAUUCCUCAAUUUUUCAAUGAGUACUCAACUCUUCGCCAUGGACUUGUUCGCACUAAUGCUGGCUGGUUUGAUGCAUUCUUGAACACAGUAUUCUCAUCACCGCCGACAGUGGGGCUUAUUAUUGCAGUAUUUCUUGAUAACACGCUGGAGGUAGAGAAGUCAAAGAAAGACCGGGGAAUGCCUUGGUGGGCAAAAUUCAGAACCUUUAGAGGUGACAAUCGAAAUGAGGAGUUCUACACUUUACCUUUCAAUCUCAACAGAUUCUUCCCACCUACAUAAUGAAGGAUAAUCAUCACUACUAAAAUUCAGCUAACUCUUUUUUGCUCACAAUCCUAGUUCCGUCAAGUCCAUAAGAAUUUUUAUAUCCUUGGAUUUGAAUCCCCAGGGUUUUGCUAGGAAAAUCUAAUCAGAGGGUGAUCGCUGUUCUUUCUAGAAAAAACUAGGCAGACGCGGAUCAUAGCCUUGUUUAGCAUCAUCCAAUUUUUUGUGGGCCGUGAUUAAGUAGGUCCCUGGUAGUAUAUUAGGACUAAUGAUCGAUGCUUUGUAGGUGCUGAAUUUUAAUGAAAUAAAAGAAAUCGAAGCUGUUGAG